AGAAAUUGUUAUACAAAGAAGAUAAACAGCGGAAUCUUUGAGACUAACAACGGAGCAUUUAUUUACACUGAUUCUUGCAAUGUCUUGUUUCAGGUGUGGUUUAAAAACAGAAGAGCCAAGUGUCGCCAACUGGACAAAGCAGCGGAAAACAAAAGAAAACUCGAAAAAAAAUCUCCACCAGGGCCAAUUCCUUCUCCAUCAAAAAUCAACGAACCAAAAAAAUCAAGUCCUUCGCCAUACCAGCUCCCAAGCUGCAGUGCGAACAUGAACGGGAACAUGUGGAACAAUUCAUCGUCAAUACCACUGACGCAUGGUCAAAAUUACCCCUCUCCUCCCGUACUGACAAACAAUUCCGGCCCAGUGUUUAUGCCUCCCCCACACCCUCCCCCUGCGCCGGGACCCCCACCUUAUUAUCGACAAACCGCUGACUGUUCCUAUAUGUCAUCGCCGUAUAUGCACAUGAAUAGACCGGGCGAGCAACCGUAUCCUCCGACACAUAUGUAA